GCACAGUUCCGUCUCUGAGUAUACCAAACGGAUGUUUGCGUUCAGAUAUUUAUAUCCCUUAUAAUAUCGUUGUGUUGUAUCUGUGCAGACCUAUGCUGAAACAUUAUUAAUGUGACAGGCCUCACGUCUACAGAGUGAGACUACCCGAAAGGUCGGCUCGUUAACGUUAGUUUACCAAAGAGAGUCGACUAAAACUGACUUGAUAGCACGGUGAUAAUGGUGGGUUGGUGUGCUGUACCGGGUUGUAACACACAGGAAGAUGAAGAUAUUCUUUAUCAUUGCUUGCCGGCGAAUGAUGUGCAAAGAUGCAGACGAUGGUUAGCAGCCAUACAAAAGGAUGUAAAUUUACCAAUGGAAAGGCAUAAAUAUUUCUUAGUGUGUGAACACCACUUCAGACCAGAGGAAUAUGAAAAGGAUUUGAUGGCAGAGACGAUGGGCGCCAAACAUAAGAAAAAGCUCAAAUCCACCGCGAUUCCCACCAUAUUUCCAUGGAAUGAUUACAUUUUGAAGAGAAUUCAGCCACACAGAAAACAUUUGAAUGCGGCCGGAAGUGAAAUGUUUCUGAGUGCAGUUGGCAGACUUGGUGCCAAACCAAAAUGUGAGCCUGGUACAACAACAACAGGAGCAGCAUCCCAGAUGUCAACAUCGGUGGUCCAACAACCUGCUGUAGUUCCUGUUGCUUUUUCAACACAGACUGUGAAGAGUGCAGUUGGCAGACUUGGUGCCAAACCAAAAUGUGAGCCUGGUACAACAACAACAGGAGCAGCAUCCCAGAUGUCAACAUCGGUGGUCCAACAACCUGCUGUAGUUCCUGUUGCUUUUUCAACACAGACUGUGAAGAAUGCAGUUGGCAGACUUGGUGCCAAACCAAAAUGUGAGCCUGGUACAACAACAACAGGAGCAGCAUCCCGGAUGUCAACAUCAGUGGUCCAACAACCUGCUGUAGUUCCUGUUGCUUUUUCAACACAGACUGUGAAGAGUGCAGUUGGCAGACUUGGUGCCAAACCAAAAUGUGAGCCUGGUACAACAACAACAGGAGCAGCAUCCCAGAUGUCAACAUCGGUGGUCCAACAACCUGCUGUAGUUCCUGUUGCUUUUUCAACACAGACUGUGAAGAGUGCAGUUGGCAGACUUGCUAGUUGGCAGACAACAACAUCAUCAGGAUCCCGACGGUAUCAAACUUAUAAAGAAGCAAAAGUCAGUCUUCGUGUCGGCCUAUCGCUACGAACAAGAGUACUUACCGGACCUUGGGAGACAGUUGCAGAUAAUUUAGCGCGAGGUCGUUUCAAAGCUAUCCCUAAAAACCUAAUGGCAAUCCCUGGCCUGGGCCACGCCAUGUUGGAGGAAGUGCUGAAGCUGGUAACUAAAGAAUGCGUCACUUUAGUUUCUAUGCGUUUCAACUCAGUAUUACGUCAGACUAGUCCCCUUUCAAUUAAAACCUUCAACUGGACCACUGUGACCGAUGAGUGGAGGAACUCGGCUCCGACCUUCUUCCGGUUUCUAUCCACUAGUUCAGCUACAGCGGGCUUGAAUCCAAACUCAACCAAAUCAGCAAAAAGUUCUAUGGUGGCCAUGGCUGGUGCCUUAUUACUCAGGGCUCGUUCAAAGAAUAUGUGUGCAGCCGUGUACAGGACCUCAAUGUUGCUACGGCAACGACGAACCAGGACGAGAUGCCAAAACAAGCUUGCAAAAAUGGGAGUUUGCGUUUCAAGUCACAGUAGCUUAACGAAGAGGAGAGACAUUACACUGUCUUAUGAUAAAGACUUAGCUGCCUGCCAUACCCGAACCGCAGUUGAAGACCAACCAAUAAGCCUACUGACCAGCCCAGCCCAUUCAAUGGUGCCACCUUUGCCACUGGAGGAUGGCGAUACCGGUUGGUCUGGAGAGAGUGUAGCAGAGACUACUGUUGUGUUGCCGGGCAGUGACGAUGAAGAUGCCGCUGCGCUGACGGAUGAGGAGUUCUGGCAGUUCUCCAGGGAGCAGGAUGAAGAUGAGGAUGAUGAGGAUGAAAAGGAGAACAAGACUGCGUACAGGAAGUCAGUCCAGCAGAAACAGGGAAAACGGCUCUCUGCGAAGAAGUUCUUCAAAGCGCAAAGGAAAAAUAAAGCUGUGCAAACACGUCCUCAUGGAACCCGCGUCGAUGUUUCUCCUGAGAGUGGUGACCUGUGUGUGAACAGAGACUGUCUCCUGCAGCUCUUCCGGUUGUGUAGGAGGUGUGGAUUUGAGUGCAAGGUCAGCUUGCAGGGUCAACAGAGGAGCUUCUCUGUCAUUCAGAUGUGCCCAAUAUGCAGUCACACCAGGAAGUGGAUGAGCCAGCCUUUUGUUGCUGAGGAAACCUCUGGUGAAAGAGAGACAGAGCUACUGGAUGGAGAGGAACCAUGUAAGGACAGAGACCAGGAUGACAGUUGUUCGUUGACGAUGGAAAUCACUGAGGAGAUGUGUGACUAUGAUGAAGAAGUCUGUCCUCGGAGGAAAAGGGGAAAGCAGAGAUCAGAUGAGAGAUCAGAUGAGAGAUCAGAUGAGACCGAGUGGGAGCCGUCUGACGAGGAAGACAUUGUAAUGGACUCUGAUUCUUCUGAGGAUUUGGAAACGGCAGGUUCCUCUGGUCUAACAGAAAAGGCCAACGUUGAUAAUUGUCAGAGCGGAAUAGAGAAAGAAGAGAGACUUGUGGAGUGGUGCACUGACUGUGUAGCCGAGCCUGUACUCGCCUGCACCACACAGCGCCAUAAGAAGCUGUACGCCUGUGGUGUGUGUGUGAGUGAGGUCCAACAAGCUGUUGGAUUUGACCGAUUCUACAUGCAGUUCGAGGACCUGGCCAGCUUCAAGGAACAUGUACGACGUGAACACAACACACAACCUCAUAGGUUUCUCUGUACAGACUGCGCCAAGCGUCACAUCAAGAAGGAUAAUUUGUGUGUGUACAAGAUUAAGAAGCUCCGCUGUCGAGAUUGUGGUAAACACGGUCUGAGUGAGCAGGGUCUGUGGAGUCACAGACGUCUCCAUCAGAAAGGCUGCGUUUACCCAUGUAAGUUCUGUCUCAAGCCAUUCAGGACCAAACAGGACAAGUUUACCCACGAGGAGAACCAUCGGCAUCCUUAUCAUUGCUCAGAAUGCUCAGAAAGAUUCAAGAACAUUAGACUACGGAACAGACACCUUCAGAGCCACAGAGGUCCAACGACAGCCGUCCACAGUGGCCAGAAGCCCCACAAGUGCCAGCUGUGCCGACGCUCGUAUGCCCAGCCGAGCCACCUCAAGUCCCACAUGCGCCUCCACACAGGGGAGAGGCCUUUCAAGUGCCAUCAGUGUGAGAAGUUUUUCAAUUACAGCGUCAGUCUGAAGAACCACAUCCAACUCUAUCAUGGCCCCGGCUCUCAGGAGCAGGAGAGCCGGGAGACAAACUGUGGGGCGGCGCAGGAGAAAGAGGAGGAGAGAGAGCACAAGCGUCACUUUAAGGAGGAUAAUUUGUGUGCGUACAAGAUCAAGAAGCUCUGCUGUCUAGACUGUGGUAAACGCUGUCUGAGUGAACAGGGUCUGAAGUGUCACAGACAUCUCCACCAGAAAGGCUGCGUUUACCCAUGUAAGUUCUGCCUCGUGCCAUUCAGGACCAAAGAGGACAAGCUUAUCCACGAGGAGAACCAUCGGCAUCCUUAUCAGUGCUCAGAAUGCUCAGAAAGAUUCAAGAACAUUAAUCUACGGGACAGACACCUUCAGAGCCACAGAGGUCCAAAGAGAUAUAUUUGUGACAUCUGCGACAAACGUUUCUUCCAGUUUAAACACCUACAGAAACAUACAUUCGUCCACAGUAGGCAGAGACCCCACACGUGCCAGCUGUGCCAACGCUCGUUCACUGAAAAGAAACACCUCAGGGCCCACAUGCGCUCCAAAUGCCAGCAGUGUGAGAAGUGUUUCAAUCGCAUAGUCCAUCUGAAGAUCCACAUCCAACGGCAUCAUGGCACCGGCUCUCAGAAGCAGGGAGAGAGAGUAGGAGGGGGAGAGUCAGGAACCAAACUCUAGUACUGAGCAGGAGAGAGAGAGUAGGAGGGGGAGAGUCAAGAACCAAACUCUAGUACUGAGCAGGAGAGAGAGAGUAGGAGGGGGAGAGUCAGGAACCAAACUCUAGUACUGAGCAGGAGAGAGAGUAGGAGGGGGAGAGUCAGGAGAGAUUGGAACUCUAUAGCAUCAUUAUAAUGAUGUAAAAAGUCUGUCGUUCUGGCCCUGAACAAGGCAGUUAACCCACUGUUCCAAGGCCGCCAUUGAAAAUAAGAAUUUGUUCUUAACUGACUUGCCUAGUUAAAUAAAGGUGAAAUAAAAAAAUAUAUAAUGGGAAAAUAAACGAUGAUGAUCAACUCAAAGUUUGCUGGAGUUUGUUAAACACUGCUCCAAAAAAAAUAAAGGGAACACUAAAAUAACACAUCCUAGAUCUGAAUGAAUGAAAUAUUCUUAUUAAAUACUUUUUUCUUUACAUAGUUGAAUGUACUGACAACAAAAUCACACA